CAUUGAACUAGACAGGUCUGCACCAGUGAACCCCGUCGUUGUGGUGGCAGGUUUCUAAAUGACAGACAUCGGUCGACGGGGGGCUCUGAGUUGCCUGUGUUAUUACCAGUUUCACGGUGCGUCAAAGUGCAUGUUUUUCAUUGUGAUAGCCAGGCAUGAGUGUCCGACAAAAGUUGCUACAGGACACACUGCGUCGUUGCUCGUGAAAAAAGUUUGCUCCAUUUGGCAGAACUAGCGGUACUUAACUCAUUUUAGGAUAGGCACUUUGUCAAUCUGAUGCCGCUGGUGAUCCUUGACAGUGCUUCAUCUUUAAGUCUUCAUACUCUUAAUGUUUCAAGUUUCAGGCAUUUGAAAUGUUCACAGCACUGCAAUAAUAACUCUCUUAUUGACAGUCGGUUAUCGAUGGACAGCAAGCCCCACGCGACACACACUGCCAGCUCAAGGCGUGGUUGGUCGUUCCCAGAACAUCCAUCAUCCGAACAACCAUUUUUUUCUCCCUUCGAUUCAUCGAUGUCUCCUUUCCACGUUUUCAUAAUCCGUUUUGAGGAGCUUGGUCCCGAGAGCGACCGCAGCAACAGCCUUCCCAACGCGCGGGCAGUUUCCCAACCUGCGGCUGGUCUCGAGAGAAUCUAAGCCGGUCUUUGCCCUGCAGUGCUGUCCGGGAUGUGUGCCUGUCUCGCAGCGAGUCUGGUAUUUGCCUUGGCAUAUUACUGCGAGACGGCCACCGGAAGGAGCUCUGUUGCAUAACGAUAAAAACUCUUGUACUCUACGCGGGAAACUGAGAUCUAGGCUCUAAGCUUUUAUACGUCCUCUUGUGGGUUACGAAUUUGCAUCGCUUGUGUGUGCAUGCGUUGGCCUCCGCCGCCUGUAGCCCCGGUGCUGCCCUCAGCAACAUUCGUUCGGUCGAGUCCUUUUUUUAAACAAGGCAAUUAAAGCCGCUGCACCGCAGGGGGUAGGCUGGCCGAGUGAGAGAUGAUUGCUGUGGCAGUUGGCAUUUGCCAAGAGCCCGUUGAGCUGGACCCACGCGGAUGGGCAAUAACACGAGCACGACACCGUAACGUCGAUUGCUGCCACGAUUCCGUCGUUUUCCGGAUUUCACGCGCAAUUGUCUGAUCCGUUGUUGUCUUUGUUUUCGAACACGUGGCAACUGUCUUCGGUGGGGGCGGGCAAAUGCAUUCAGUAAAGAGCGAAAGAAUUUUUCCCGCCUCAAGCGGCGGUCUCCAGCCAAGUUGGUGCCGUUACUCCGGGGCUCUGGACUUGAGCGGUGCUGCUUUCCCCAUCCCAACUUUCUUGGCCAAGCUGCGGUUCAUGUGACCUCGAACUCCCAGGUAUUCUCUCUCUAUUUUGUAUCCAUAGCGCCAAGUAGGCUGUGUGGUCUGCCUGUGUACCUAUGCCACACUACGAAUAUAUAUAUAUAUAUAUAUAUAUAUGCUGUGCGUAUAUACUGCAUGCAAAAUUGUUUUUGAACGUUCAGACCUGCGGCUUAUGGUUAGCUCACGUCGUUCACCAGUUUCUGUCUAUGUGGCCUGCGGGCGUAGGGGGGCGUGAAUCUUCCGACCUACGCUGCUCUCUUGCUAAGGGGUCUUGAACAAGCAUUGGUAGUUUAAUUCGUGUCCGUUGUCAUCUGGAGGUGUGAUUGUUUCUUCGAAGCGAGAAGGCGUUGGACAGCGAUUCCUGGAAAGUAGAAACAUUUUACUUGUCCGCAUUCUGUUGCAGACAUUUAAAACGAUGGCCUCCGUGCAAGGCUGAUCCCAGCGACUCGCGGCCGUUUCCCUGCAUGCGCCUUGUUGGUCAGAUGACCUACCUCGUUCAUGUUUUCUUCCGAAACAGAUGGCACUGCCCUUCCCGGUCCUCGUCGCUGGAGGCCUGGACUCAUGUCUGUUCGUGUGGAACGCGGUGUCGUCUGCGUGCAUUGCGACGUUGAAGCUUCCCGAUGAGCAGGUCAACACUUUAGCAACUUCUCAGCUUCCUGCCUCCUCAAUCUCGGCUCGAAAACACUCCAUUCGGUCAGAAGAUCAGGAGAUCCAUCCUGCAGACUCCGGUGUGCCUUCUAACCGCCAGGAGGAUCUUCUCCAGUCACCGUGGGGGUCCUCAGACUCCUCGGGUGGGCCUUCGCAAAAUCAAACUGUCCUUGUUGCAGCUGCUGGGCACCCGUCCAUCACAGUUUUUGACAUAGGGGCACUAGGCGAACGCUCGGACGACGUCCUGCCCAUUGCGACGUUACAAGGACACGAGGGCAACGUCCGGAGCCUGGCAUUUGUACCCGAUCCUUCAAGGAACUCGUCGGUCCAAACUCGUGGCGACAGGACCAGCUGUUCAUCCCCCGGCAACGCAACUGGGACUAGUUACCUCGGGGGCGCGUCUUUGAUUUGCUCCUGCGGGGAUGAUGCAACUUGUCGAAUCUGGGAUUUGCGGGCUCCCGGGCACCAGAUGCUUUUGCAGAACGAACCGGGGGUCUCUAUCAACUCUGUCUGGAGCGUGCCUCGACCGGAUCUUCCGUGUCACAUCAUCGCUGCAGAUGCGAAUGGGGCUCUGAAGGCCUGGAAUUUGAGAAGCAACACAACCUGGGAGCUGGCAAGACCUGGACGGCAGCUAGCGCUGAGUAUUGUUACAGGAAAUGGUCUCGGUUCUGAAAUCGCCGCCGUCGCCAAAUGCGGUUCGUUAAGCACCUUUUCCCUGGCGCCGGUUUUGUCCGGAACAGCGUCUCUGACUUUUGACUCCUACUUUUUCCCUCAUGGCCCCAAUUACGUUUUGAGCUGUCGGUACAGCCCAGUCCGCCACGCCGUGAAAUCGUCUGCGGAGGCGCCACGGGGCUCUGAUUGCGCAGCCUGGCGGAGUCGCGAGGCCCAGGAGGAACUCGGCGCGAAGCGGAAGCAGAAACAGUACGCACACGCUUGGUGGCAACAGCAGAAGUACGCCCACGAGUGGUGGCGAAAGCGCGGAGGUGGCGUCUGGUGGCAGCACUUGGCCGACGAAAACGACGGCGCUGUGUGGGGGGAGAAGGAUCGAGAGGCAGCCUGGGCAGAUCAAGCUCGGUGGGGCGGGCAGUGGUGGCAAGAGUUCAGAGGCGCGAAGCCCUGGUGGCAGCAGGAGGCUGGCGGACGCGCUUGGUGGCAGCAGCGAGGCCGCAAGGCCUGGUGGCAGCGUCCCCAUUUGGAGCAUGCAGGCGACGGGCGCAAACACAUUUUUCAAAUUGGCGGCUGGUACGUCUGGGAACCCUGCAAAGACGGGCACGGACGAGUUGAGAAGUUUUUCAGAGUCGACGACGGCACUGCAACGGGACAAGGACCGAAGGGCUUGGGGGACGGACAGAGGAACGACGACGAUCCAGACCUGACGCGCGACAACGAGUGGGUAGAGCAGAGGAAACAGACAGAGGGUUCGGAUGCAAAAAAGGGCCGCGAGAGUUCGGUGCCCAGGGAAUUCUGUAGCUGCGAGGAAGACGCAGACGAGGAGACGCAAACAGCGGAGGAAGAACGGAAACAAAUAACAGGAACUCGAAACGAAUCAGAAGAAGGAGGCGAGACCACGUGGGUGCAGCGCAUGGCAACGACCGGAGCCGAUGGUGUCUGCGUGCUUUGGAAACGCGAGGGGAAUGGCGAGUGGACCAGUGAACGAGAGCUCACUGGGCACGACCGGUGGGUGUGGGACUGUACGUUCAGCCGCGAUGGCAAGAUGCUUGUCACCGGUGGCUCGGAUGCCUGCUGCAAGUUGUGGUCAGUUGAAACGGGGAAGCAAUUUGUCGAGUACUUCCCGGAAAAGAACGUCGGCGCCGCAGGAGAGAGAGUCCGGAGCACCAAGGCCUUGCUUGCGAUAUCAUUACUCGAUGCGCCCGUGGAGAAAAAGUAAGAGAAAAAGUGUGCUGAAACAGGAGGUGGGAGUCUCUGGCAAAAAGCCAAAGAAGGAACAACAGUGCUGGUGCAAAUCGAUCCACGACGGGUCAAGAAAUCCGUCUGUCAUCGUCACUGUCAGGACCUGGAGCAAGCGCCAGCGCGAAAACAAACUGAGCAUGCCACGAGUGCGGGAACAACGGAUGCGGAUGUCCCGCGGACAGAAAGCACCUCCGCUUGCAAAUCAGUGAUUGCGUGAUUGCCGGGUUACACGGAAGGUCAAAGUAUGUACUUCCGUCGUGCAAAGAAAGGUAAACAGAGACCUGGACCGUGUGCUGAAGGCGGAAGGGGGGGGUGCAAGAGAGGCGAUCAAGAAGAGACAAAUUACAGGGAAACGUGGAACGCCGAUGUCGUGUAGGACGCCACCGGUGCAGGGGUUACUCCGGACUAUUUGAAUCGCAUUUUAUCAUACGGAUAGGUUGGAGGCGAUGCUGAGGCCACAUGCUACGGAGCAGCCUCCUUUCCUAUGAGCGCAGGUUGCAGUGAGGCAUGGUCUGUAUCGUAUCCCUGCUCCUGCUGCCGCAGACGUGCUGAUCGGGAAGGUUAGCGUGUCGUCGGCAUUUGCCAAGAAACGUUUAUCGUCUGUAAGCCCUUGUGAAGACGGCAUAACUCGAGAGUUCCAGCUCGCCGAUGUCCUGCCCACAGUUUCCCCUUCUGCAUCGCGUCAGGCCUCGUUCACACGAAACUUGCCGUCCUUGCCGUUGCUUACGACUGAGCAGGAGUCACGGUUAUCAACUUUCAGGUUCACCGUACUGCUUGUCUUUUUUUUCAUUGUCCGGCAUCACGAGGUGUCUUUUGUUCUCCUCAACUCUUCGUUAGCUACUGUAGUGUACCCAUCCGAAACGAUCGGGGUGGGGCCUUGCUGUUGCUGUGGCCCUCUUGCAGGGUUUCACGUUGUGACACGAAAAACACGUUUAUAGGGUGCUCCCGAUGUGACAUCGACUUGGAGGUCACUAAACAAUUUUUUAUACGAGGCUUGUUGCCAAACGAAGCACGCCGAUGAUGAGUAUGUUAGCAGUGCAUGCUUCGGCUGUAUUUUUUUCCGGUUGACUUCACAGUGGGUAUGACAAUGAUCCGUUGUGUCACUUGUUUCCGGGAGGACGCACGCCCC